UAUCGGACGGGUCUUCUAUCGAUACAUUUCUCCCCAUUAUCUUUCUCUUCACAAUUCGGUGUGUGGUGUGUUUGGCAGCAGAGAAAAUUCAAUGAAAGAAAAAUCCACGAAAGAAGCCUGAUCAAUCGAUUUCUUCAGUCCAAGCACACAAGUCCGCAGUUGGCAUAUUCUGAUCGGUAUUGCAACUCGGAUUUGAACUUGUCAUAAUUCCAGCCAGCAAGCAGCGAGCAGGCCAACUAGAGAUCCGUGUUCCAACGACUUCUUUUGAGCAUCCGAAAGACAAACAGCAGUCAUGGGAAAUGUAUUUGCAAACCUGUUCAAAGGCCUCUUCGGCAAAAAGGAAAUGAGAAUAUUGAUGGUCGGUUUGGAUGCCGCUGGUAAAACCACAAUUCUGUACAAACUCAAACUAGGCGAAAUUGUUACAACGAUACCUACCAUUGGUUUCAAUGUGGAGACUGUAGAAUACAAGAAUAUUAGCUUUACAGUGUGGGAUGUGGGCGGCCAAGACAAAAUUCGUCCCCUGUGGAGGCACUACUUCCAGAAUACACAAGGUCUUAUCUUCGUCGUGGACAGCAAUGACAGAGAGCGUAUCGGGGAGGCGAGAGAGGAGUUGAUGCGCAUGCUGGCGGAGGACGAGCUGAGGGAUGCUGUCUUACUAAUAUUCGCCAACAAACAGGAUCUGCCAAAUGCAAUGAACGCGGCCGAAAUCACCGACAAGCUCGGAUUGCACUCACUCAGAAAUCGCAAUUGGUACAUCCAGGCGACGUGUGCAACCAGCGGUGAUGGACUCUACGAGGGACUCGACUGGCUGUCCAACCAAUUGAAGAACGCUAAUCGCUAAUUAAACACACUACAACUAAAGCAACAAUAUGAAUAAAACUAACUCUGAUUUCAAGCAAGCCGAAGCAGUAAACCAGCAUCCAGAACCACACAAAAAGCGGCUGAAAAACAUCAAACAGGACGGUAAUCGGUGGAAAUCGACAUCAGAAGGAAUUAUCACAAAACAGCAGCGACAACAACACCAAUAACAAGAGCAGCAGAUCUUCGCAUAACUUAAUGGGCUCCCCUGGCCGCCGUAUUUCCAAACAAGAAACUGAAUUGUUUAUUGUAUUGCAAAAACAUAACUUUUCAAGCAGCAUAUAAAAAACGCUAUAAUUUAAUUUAAAUUCUUAUACAUAAUUAUUGGAUGUUUAAAAGCAAAACGAGUAAAUGAACCCCAACCAAUCACAAGAGAAAGGAAAACUAUAGUAUAUGGUAAAAAAUGUCUUUUUUAAGUUAUUUUUGUCCUCUCCCUCCCCCUCAUCAAUAUAUAUUUCUUUUUAAUUUUAUAAAUAUAAAAGUAAUAUUAAUGAGAAAAACUGUAAUUGUAAUUGCUCUUUAAAAAUACAACAAAAACCAUUUUAA